GGGAGAGGUGCUUUUAGGACUGUUACUAGUUGUUAACCUAUUGGUUUUUAAAUUUUGUUGGAUUUUUCUUUCAGCGGUGGAAGCCAAAGGAAGUUUUAUUGGUUUGAGAGUAUUUUCUUUUGGCAGCAUCACUUGGAUAAAGGUUCAAGUUAUCAUUCAGCCUUGGCUGGAUGUCAGCUGGGUAUUUUAACACUCAUUUUAUUAGAAACCUACCGAGGAAUUAAAGAGACUAUAGAGCAGAAGGAUAGCUGUUCAAGUAAGAAUUUCAUUCAAUAAAGAAUUGGUCUUGGAGAAGAUUUUAGUCUUAAUCAGAAAAGGACUGACUAGAAAAUGAGUCCUACACUUACCUCAACCUCAAGCUCUGAAGAGUGCGAUUGGGAGACUGUUAAAACAGUUACAGUGGAGCCUUUACCCAGAAGAUCUUCACCUAGACUAAGAGCCCUCAGGAGCGUAAUACAACAGAAAUCUUUGAUAACCAGUAAACGGAAGGGACAAUGGUCUUCUGAAACCUCAUCUUCAGCUGAGGAAGGAACAUCUAAGGGACCAGUUAAGAGAAAGAAGAUCCAAGUCAAGAAAAAGUCUGAUCCAAAAGCAUCCCCCUCUGCUAAAGCUCUAGCACUCAAACAGUAUCCACAAUGUUCACAAUGCCUACAGUAUCUAGAUGAGCCUGAACUGAAACACUUCAUAGGAGACCCAAAUAAUGCUCUGGAAGAAGCAGAGAUGCUGGCUGACAAACUGUUGUGCAUUUUCGAAGACAGCGAAAAAGGCUUUGAGAGCUACGACUACUUCCCACAACAUAAAAUAACCUACUUCAGUGUUUAUGACAAACUCGGCCAUCUGUGCCCUUUUGAUACAGGACUAGUUGAAAAGAACAUAGAACUCUUCUUCAGUGGUGUAGUAAAACCAAUCUAUGACGAAAACUCAAGUCCAGAGGGUGGUAUCGCUGCCAAAAGACUCGGCCCCAUAAACUCAUGGUGGAUUACUGGUUAUGAUAGGGGAGAUAAAGCUUUCAUUGGCCUCACAACAGCUUUUGCUGACUAUAUCCUGGUGGAACCUAGUGAGGAAUAUGCUCCUAUCUUCUGCCUGAUGCACGAGAAGAUGUAUCUGAGUAAAAAAGUUGUGGAAUUUUUGCAUGAAAAUACCGAGGGCACUUAUGAAGAACUCAUCCAAAACAUAGAAUCAAACGUUCCUCCUCCUGGGCUGAACUUCAGCCAGUUCACAGAAGAUUCCCUACUUCGACAUUCCCAAUUUAUAGUAGAUCAAGUGCAGAGUUAUGAUGAGGCCCGAGACACUUAUGAGGAAUCUAUCAUUGUUGCUCCCUGCAUGAGGAAUGUGAUCAGCUUAGCUGGUGUUACUCUGGGACAAAGACGAGCCUCAAGGCGGGAAGCUAUGAAACUUCCCAGACAGAGGAAGAAGAAAGCCCCAACCAAAGCCACCACCACGAAACUUGUCUCCCAGAUCUUUGAUAGCUUGUUCUCUGAGGAAAUUGAUAAGAAUGGGAAAGAUGACUCGGAGGGGGCCUUAAAGCGCCGGCGCUGUGGCAUCUGUGAGGUUUGCCAGCAACCUGAGUGUGGGAUAUGUAAAGCCUGCAAGGAUAUGGUUAAGUUUGGUGGCACUGGGCGCAACAAACAGGCUUGCCUAAGAAGAAGGUGCCCAAAUAUGGCUUUAAAAGAAGCAGAAGAAGAUGAAGAAAUUGAUGAAGAUGUUCUUAUAACACUACCACCCAAGAAAGUGCUUCAGCAGAAACAAAAGAAACGGAACAAGACUACUAUUUUCUGGCUUGGAGUUCCAAUCAAGGAUGGAGAAAGAAAUUAUUAUAACAAAGUAUCCAUUAACUCUGAACAACUGGAAGUAGGAGACUGUGUAGCCAUCAGUCCUGAUGACCCUACUAAACCACUAUGGCUAGCUAGAAUCACUGCAUUAUGGGAAGAUAACAAUGGACAGAUGUUUCAUGCUCACUGGUUCUAUUCUGGGAGUGAUACUGUGCUUGGGGCAACAUCAGACCCUUUAGAGCUCUUCUUGGUAGAUGAAUGUGAAGAUAUGCAGCUUUCCUACAUCCAUAGCAAAGUGAAUGUUUUUUAUAAAGCUCCCUCAGAAAACUGGUCCAUGGAGGGGGGCUCGGAUAUUGAAGUCCCAGUGGCUGAAAAUGAUGGCAGAACCUAUUUCUACCAGUUCUGGUAUGAUCCAGACUAUGCAAGGUUUGAGUCUCCUCCUAUAGUCAAGCCUACAGAGGAUAACAAAUAUAAGUUCUGUGCAAGCUGUGUCCGUCUUUCUGAAAUGUUAGAAAAGAAUACCCCCAAAGUUUUAGAGCCUCUAGCAGAAGUUGAUGACAAAAUAUUCUAUAAUCUGGCAAUGAAAAAAGGCGUCCAGUACAGGAAAGGAGACGGAGUUUUCUUAUUGCCUGAUGCUUUUGGAUUUCUCAUCAAACCUCCAGUUAUAACCAGGAAUUUGAAAGAAUCAGUAAAUGAAGACCAAUAUCCAGAAUACUAUAGAAAACACUCAGAUUACGUUAAAGGCAGCAACCAGGAUGCCCCUCAGCCAUAUCGGAUUGGCCAAAUCAAAGAAAUCUUCUGUGAAAAAGAAAGUAAUGGAGCAGUUAUCAAACUCAGAAUCAACAAAUUCUACAGACCAGAGAAUACCCACAAAAGUUCCACAAAGAAGUAUAUUGAGGACAUUAACCUAUUAUACUGGAGCUAUGAAGAAGCUGUUGUGGAUUUUGAAGAUGUGCAAGGGCGCUGUGUUGUAAAGUAUUGUGAAGCGACAGACACUCCUGAGAAAUAUAAUCUUGGUGACAAGGAACACUUUUAUUUCCAAGAGGCCUAUAAUGCAAAAAAGAAAAGUUUUGAAGAAGUUCCAAAAUAUGCCCGUGGUAAGGAAAAAAGAAAAGAAAAAGGCAGAGGCAGUGAAAAACUUAUAACACUGGAACCAAUUCAAGAAAUGAAAGAAGUAAAUGUGCCCAAACUUCGAACUUUGGAUGUGUUCUCUGGCUGUGGAGGACUGUCUGAAGGCUUUCACCAAGCAGGAAUAUCUGAAACAAUGUGGGCCAUUGAAAUGUGGAAACCUGCAGGCCAAGCAUUCCUUCUGAAUUAUCCUAAGACCAUUGUCUUGUCAGAAGAUUGUAAUAUUCUCCUGAAAAUGGUUAUGUCUGGGGAAACUACCAACUCCAUGGGCCAGAAGCUGCCUCAGAAAGGAGAUGUGGAAAUGAUUUGUGGUGGCCCACCCUGUCAAGGGUUUAGUGGGAUGAACCGCUUCAACACACUCACUUAUUCCAAGUUCAAGAACUCCUUAAUUGCCUCCUUUCUCAGCUACUGUGAUUACUAUAGACCUAAGUUUUUCCUACUGGAGAAUGUAAGAAACUUUGUGUCAUUCAAGCGUUCCAUGGUUCUGAAGCUGACCCUCAGAUGUCUGGUUCAAAUGGGGUAUCAGUGCACAUUUGGUAUAUUGCAGGCUGGUCAUUAUGGCAUUGCUCAGACAAGAAGAAGGGCCUUCAUCUUGGCAGCAGCCCCAGGAGAGAAACUCCCCAUGUUUCCAGAACCUUUACAUGUUUUCUCAACCCGAAGCAGUCUGCUCAGUGCAGUGAUAGAUAAUAAGAGAUUUGUUAGCAACGUAAAGAGGCUGACUUCUGCGCCAUUUCGAACAAUUACUGUCUAUGACUCAUUGUCAGACCUUCCAACAAUCAAGAAUGGUGCUUCAUUAGAAGAGAUUUCUUACGAGGGGGAGCCCAAAACUUGGUUCCAGAGACAAAUUAGGGGCCCACGACAUCAGCAAGUCCUUAAAGACCACAUCUGUAAGACUAUGAACGCUUUGGUGAUGGCUCGAAUAAAACUGAUUCCCCUGGUGCCAGGGUCAGACUGGCGAGACCUUCCUAACAUCCAGGUACACAUCUCAGAUGGAAGUGUGACUAAAAAACUCCGUUAUAAGUAUAAUGAUAAGAAGAAUGGACUCAGCAGCACUGGAGCUUUCAGAGGGGUCUGUGCUUGUGCAAAAGGUAAACCAUGUAAUCCUUCAGAUAGACAGUUCAACACCUUGAUUCCAUGGUCUCUGCCCCACACUGGAAACAGGAACAACCACUGGGCUGGGCUCUACGGAAGGUUAGAAUGGGAUGGCUUCUUCAGCACUACGGUUACUGAUCCUGAACCCAUGGGCAAGCAGGGUCGAGUACUUCACCCAGAACAGCACCGAGUAGUGAGCGUGCGGGAGUGUGCUCGGUCCCAAGGAUUCCCAGAUACCUACAGAUUUUUUGGCCAGACUUUAGAUAAACACAGACAGGUGGGUAACGCAGUGCCUCCACCCCUUGCUAAAGCCAUAGGCCUGGAGAUCAAAAACUCUAUAUUGGCCAGACUGAGAGAGAGUCAAACAGAUGCAUCCGGAAACUGAAGAAUAGCUCUCAUGGACCACUUUCUAAUGUGCCAGUCUUUUUAUUCCAUUGUAUUUAUGAACUAUAUAUGAACUAUCUACCUCCUUGGCUGACAUUGAACUGUUUUUAACUAUCAACUAAGGACAGCUAUCAUGGAGUACUCUUUUUAAUGCGCCCAAUUUUUGUAUUUCAUUGUACCCAUGAACCUCCUUGGCUGACAUCGAAUUGUUAAUGAUCAAAUUGUUAAACCGUGAUAUUGUAAAGUGCCUUUUAUAUCGUCUAGAUUUUAAAAUUUUUAAUUAUAUAUUAAAUGUAACUUCUAAUGAC